AUGGAGCUUAUUGUAAAGAAAUUGUAUUUCACGAAGACUCCCACAGCACACGUACACAGAACGGAACCAGUACAAAUUCGAGAAUCUACCAGUAUCGAGCACAAAGAAGUCAAAACGGAACCAGUACAAAUUCGAGAAUCUACCAGUAUCGAGCACAAAGAAGUCAAAACGGAACCAGUACAAAUUCGAGAAUCUACCAGUAUCGAGCACAAAGAAGUCAAAACGGAACCAGUACAAAUUCGAGAUCUACCAGUAUCGAGCACAAAGAAGUCAAAACGGAACCAGUACAAAUUCGAGAUCUACCAGUAUCGAGCACAAAGAGGUCAGCGAUCUGAACCAUCAAGAAAGGAAGCUACUUUGUAUCACAAAGAAAUAGGGCAGUAA